AUGUCUUUAUGGGAGCCAGGUAGGGCCGUCCCUCGGAAAGCCAAUGAGUUUGAUCUGCUCACCUGCACAUCAACCAAUUCCUCGUACAUCUCUCCUGUCAUUUCCCCCUCGGAUUUAGUUCACUUCUCGCCUUGGUUUUAUCACGUGGCCGAGUACCUGACUGAGCGGCACAACAAGCAGUAUCUGUUUCUGAAAUACGAAGACAUGAAGGCGGACACUUGCGGAGCUGUCAUUCAGGGUUGCUGAUUCCUAGGGCGCCCUCUGUCGGAUGAGGUGAUCGACAAGAUCGUCGACUUGGUGACCGUGAAGAGCAUGAAGACGCGCUACCACGUCGCCGGAGAAGUGUCGUUACCGGGAAGGGAAGUGGAAGGCAAAGUUGGUGCGAUGAACUUGUUGAGAAAAGGGGUUGAGGGCGACUGGAAGAAUACGUUUACUGUAGCUCAGAGCGAGGCAUUCGACGAAUUCUACCGACAAAAGAUGGCGGACUUGGGGGUGAAAUUUUAG